AUGGUACCAAAUACCAGUGUACCAAAAUGGAGUUCAAGUUAUUCUGUAGAAGGUGACAUAUUUAUUCCAUUUGCUGAAGUGCAUGAACCAUUUAGUGCCUGGUAUGAUUCAGACUCUAGCAACAGUCGCAUUGACUAUUAUAAUGGAAUGGCAAAAACAUAUCAAUUGUCUAAUAAAGGCACAUUUGGUGCAUCUCUAAAAAUUGUUCCUGUUACUACCGAAACAGAAACAAACACUCUAAAAUGUUUAGAAGUGAAUGGAACAGAUGAAUUACACAUUUUACCUCAGGCAACUCUUCCAGACCUAAGUGAUUUUAAGUUGGUCAGCGAACAUUUAGAAAACGGUAUUGUAGUUGAAAAAUGGGUUUAUAUUAAAAGAGUUGAAAAAACAGUUGGAAAAUAUAUCAUGUGGUUGUAUAGACAAGAUGAUAUYGCUUAUCCAUUACGGUUUCAAAUGAAUGGAUUUAAUUCAGUAUUUCUAUCACAUUUUGACGACUACAUUAUCAUUUACAAACAUUUUACCCCAGUGAAGCCUGAUCCAAACAUUUUCAAUGUUGAAGAAUUAAAAUGUGAAUCUUUCCCUGGACCUGGCAUAAAUCAUAUUUAUGAUUUUAAUCCUAUGAUGGAGUUCAUAAAUAACUAUGGAGAAUAUAUAGAUUCCGCAUUUGAGGAAUUCAAACGWAAACAUAACAAAAAUUAUCCUAAUGAUACAAUUGAACAUUUUGAUCGUAAAAAUAAUUUCCGUCAAAACUUAAGAUAUAUUCGUUCCAAAAACCGAGCUAAUGUUGGUUAUACACUCGCGGUCAAUCAUUUGGCUGACUAUUCCAGCACAGAA